AUGGGCUACAAGCUGACGAUGCUCCUGGGUGUGACUUCCCUUUUGCUGGUACUGGCGAUGGUGGACCAGACAGAGUCGGCCUGCUGCCGUGCGGAAAGAUGCAGGGGGUGGUGGAAGGGAAGGUGGUGCAGAUGUGGCGACGGCACCGGCCCAACGCCCUACUGUGGAUACGGACCCUGCAACAUUUUCGGAUGUAACUGCCGAGGUGGCUGCAGACGAAGCAAGAGGUCAGCGGCAGGACCUGCGGAAGCCCGUCUUGAGUCGCCCCAAGGAGAGAACGCCAUGCCCGAGGGCGGAUUUGAAGAUCACGACGCCGACCAAGACAUGAGGCUGUCCAAGGAGGAGGCUCUGGAGAUGCUGAAGAAGUUGGGGACGGUGGACAUCGGCAAUCUGCCCGAUGAUUGGUUCACCUCUCUGGACACCAACGGUAACGGGUAUAUCGACCCUGAGGAGUACGACUCGGAGGAGUAG